ACAUUAGUUUACAUGAGCUAAUAAUGUACUGCACUUCAGCAUUUAUUAAUCUUUGUUAAUGUCAAUUUCAACAUUUGCUAAUACAUUAUUAAAAUCAAGAGUUGUAUUUGUUAACAUUAGUUAAUGCACUGUGAACUAACAUGAACAAACAAUGAACCGCUGUAUUUUUAUUAACUAACCUUAACAAAAAUUAACAAAUACGGUAACACAUGUAUUGCUUGUGGUUAAUUCAUGUUAGUUAAUACAUUAAUGUUAACAAAUGAUCUUUUUGUAAGUGUUACCAAAGUAAUAUUUUGGCUUCUUGCUUAUUUUGGCAUCAGGUACAUAUGAUCUGAGCAAUAUUAUUUAAUGUAUCUUAGUAUAUCUGACUGAAAUGUUGUUUACAGGACUAAGGAAUUCUCUAGAGCUUCAAUAAAGACUGUGUAAGUACAUACUGUUGUUCAACAAAGUUUGUUACCAUGGUAAAAGAAAGAGCACCAAGAUGUGACCAGACUACAGAGGCCAUUAAUGAAACAACACCAUUGCCAGUGUGCCUAUUGUCAUGCGCCAAGAAUUUGCCAUUACCCCUUCAGUUCUAUUAACAGACAGGAUGGCAUCAUUCUGUGUAUGUCAGAUUGUAACACCGGGGUGAAAGUUUUGCCAAGCCUCUUUGUUGAUGUUUGGGACUGGAUAACUGGAUAAUUUUGGAUGAAGGUUUAAUAGACGAGAACCUUAUAAAAGAAGUGUGUGGCGACUUUCUGUAGCUUUUCGUAAGUCUGCAAUCAGAUUUACUGUUGCUGUAUCAGCAUCAGAUAUUCAAAGCUUCAAAACAAAGUUUUUUCAGUUUUAAAAUUAAGUUUAAGAUGCCUCGUCCUUUGUUUUACCGAAAUGGUAGCUGGGACCCUCUUCAGGAGAGAAACCUUUUCAACCAAAACACUGACCUCCCCUGUUUCCUUGAACCAGAUGAGGUUAGCUGGAUAGAUUCAGCCAGGAAAAGAUUAGGGACAUCGACCUGGCCAGGAUCUGUGCGUUUACCUCUCUUCAGCUCUUUGUGCAUGGAGAUUCCUUCUAAAUCUGAAGGACGGGUUUCUGAAUCUGUGUGUGAACAAAUGAAAGGACCGCAAAACUGGAAAGUCUGUCUAGAUGUCAGUCCAUUUUCUCCAAAGGAUAUAAGCAUCAAAACCAAGGAGGGGUAUUUGGAGAUAACAGGUAAUCAUGAGGAAAGGCAGGAAAAUCACAGAUUGAUCUCAAGAAGCUUUACAAGAAAAUACAAGCUUCCAGCUGACUUAGACCUAAAACUAAUCAGCUCCAUGCUGUCUCCAGAUGGUAUUCUCUCAGUUGAGGUCCCAUUACCUGGCUCUAAUAUCAGUCUCCCUGGAGAGACUGUCAUCCCUGUUCACAUGAUGGACAAACAGUUCCCUGCAAAGUAACAUAUAGACCUAUUCAUAUGCCCAAUAUGUUAAAAGUAAUGAACGUGUUUUCCUAACUUUUCAUUUUUGAUGGCUAACCUUAGAAGCAUUUGUAAAUACCAGUAUUGCAAGAGAAUAUUUAUCAUAUUUUGAAGCAUUACUAAAUGACAAACAUUACUGUUCAGACAGUAAUAUGCUAAAUAGUUAAGCUCUGCUGUUACUUUGGUUUAAAUUAUAUGUAAUACAUAAUUUGUGCUUUAUAUGUAUAAUAAUUCGGUUGCACUUUAGAGUAUGUGCACUUACAUGUACUUACAGUGUACUACCUAAGAAAGUACUGGUUAAUAUAAGGUAACUACAUGGUUUAAGGUUAGGUUUAGGGGGUAGGUUCAGGGCUAGUACCUAGUUAUUACCCAUUUAUUAUAAUAAGUACAUAGUAUGUACAUGGGGAACAUGACUGUAAAAUAAAGUGCUACCAAGAAUUCUUCUAAGAUGAUCAAUCCUAUGUAACCAUUAAGUACUGACGGACUAAAGAGAGAUCAGAUUUUCCAGUUCACUCUUUUUCAGGCUAGAAUAAAAAUGUUUGGAAAGGGUUUCAUACUGGGGCUGGGGUCAUAUAAUGCCAAGAGAGACAGUUUUAAUAAAUGUGUAACAAUAAAACAAUACAAUCAUGUAAAUAUAUUUAACAAGAAGACACUGAAAUUCUCAAUAAAUAGGUAAGCAAAUAACUAACUCUCAGCAUCAUGUAGCCAAGUUGAGCUUCAUGUCACAUCCUCUAGAUGGUGCAUAGAGUUCACACAGAUUCUGUGCUCUGAACUUCACAGAACUACACUACUUGUUUGGCAGGUCAUGACAGUUAUGAAAUCCAAAGCCUUCCGUCUUUGGUUUCCUUCUUGGGGUGAUCAGAAGUAUGGAGGCAGGUUUCUCCUUACCUUCUCCUUACAGUUGUACCUUCGCUAUUUUUGGAUGUGUUCCACAGCUUUCAUCACAUUGCUCAGGAGCAGUAAUCAAAUGACUCCAAUGUCUCAGUUACACUAUGCAUAGUAAAAAUAGCAACAUGUUUCUGAAUGGUCA